AUGGAGCACUAUUUGACUCGUGAACCCACUCUCGUCGACCAUACGAGUUACGCGUACAACCAUAACAGUGUAAAUGUCAACGGUCACGUGAAUGUGGCUGGCCCUAUGGGUCACGGAACCAUCACUUCUAUGCUCGGUUUAGCCAGUCCCACUCGACGCGAACCGAAUUUGCAUUCCCGCCGACGGGCCAAAAUGGCGCUUCAUAGUCGCUUCACUUCAAAGCCUCGUGGUCGAGCUGCUCGACAAGUGGCGUCUGUCCGUUUAUCGAAUUGUAACAGCUCCGCUUUGUUCAGUUUGCAUUCAUACACCUUAGAUGGCCAGGAUCAGAGCUCCUUGCUACAUCCAAGUCCAGAUGUACCCGUUGAUGAUUAUCCCUCGGGCCCACCAACUCCACCCUCGAUCUCAGGAGAGCGAAAUCCUACCACAACUGUACCGAUUGUUCCCACAACGACCGAUUCUGUUGCUACUGUUUGUGCCGUGGCAGCCAGGUCGAACGGGAACGGUAUCGUCGUUCGAGCCAUCGGGUCUGAGCGUCGCAGUUCACUGAUGGAAAAUCUGACUCAUUCUUGGUCCGAGCUAUCUACUGGAAAUCAUCGUCAAAGCCUCACAUUCCCUAUCACUGAACGUCAGGAUGUGGCUGCUUAUCGGCAUUCGGUUCAUUCUUUUCCGUCGUCCGUUGACGUGUGA